AUGGCUGUCCGCGGCCACGAAGCGAGCUGCGCCCUCAACACCCCUAGCGAUCAGCCUCAAGGCUCAGCUCGAGGCGAUCCGCAUCCCGCACGUCGGCGUGAUGCACGCGCGCGCCGUGCCCUCGACGCCGUCGUACUUUUCGCGGACGCCGCAGUUCAACGACCUGCACAUCCAGCUGUCCCGGCUGCUGGCGCGACACAACCACCUGCCCACCGUGGCCCCCGCCGAGGCGGCGCAAAUGCCGUGGCUCCGCCUCGAGGCGAUGCGGCGGGAGCUCGGCGAGUCGAUCAAGGCAUCGCACUUCUCGCAGGUGAUGCGCGUGGUGCGGCGGCUGCACUGCAUCGAGCCGUCGCUCGCGCCGGCCGAGGUGACGGCGGCCGUCGCGCGCUUCACCCGGCCCGUCAACGCGCUGCUCAACGUGGCGCGGCCGCUGACCGUGGACCGGCGCGCGCGUUUGUCGUCGAGGGCACCGGCGAGGUGCUCGUGAACGGCAAGACGCUCGGUGAGGCGUUUGGCCGCGUGCACGACCGCGAGAGCGCCAUCUGGGCGCUCCUGGCGACGGGCCGCCUGGACAAGUACAACGUCUGGGCGCUGGUCGAGGGCGGCGGCACCACGGGCCAGGCCGAGGCCAUGACCAUGGCCGUCGCGAAGGGCCUCCUGGCACACGAGCCCGCUCUGAAGCCCGCUCUGCGCAAAGCCGGCUGCAUCACGCGUGAUCCCAGAAAGGUGGAGAGAAAGCUGCAUGGCCACGUCAAGGCUCGCAAGAGCCCGGCCUGGGUCAAGCGUUAG